GUCGCGUUCUGGAAUAUAUUGAGGAAAAUUAAGCUUGGAAGUUCUUAAGAUAGUCUAAGAAAAUUAAGAUCAUGCGCCACAAAAACAAAGAGUUGACACAAUUUUGGUUCCUUAUUCUAAUUCUACAAUUGGCAUCUUCGAAGGAGAUCAACAAUUUGAGCAACUUGACUGAACCCAUCAAUAGUAGUAACGAUGAUCCAAACCUUCGCAGUCUAAUCACUCCUCAAAUCGACUACGACCAGUGGAAACCCCUAGGAAGAGGUGAUCCCCUGAAGAAUGACCCAACCUACGACUAUGUCCCUCCAGUACUAGACAGGGUUCAGUACUGGGUGGACCCGGCUCUGAGGAAACCUGAUCCCCCUGUACCUGGAGAGAACCAGAAAACGGAAAUUCUCCUAUUAGGCGUCACUUCGAAGAAACCAGCCUCGGGAUCUUCUCAAGCGGACUCCAGAAGGGACACGUAUGAUCCCUACUUAAAAUACGUACCAGGUUCAAACUUCCAUCCCAAUUCCAAUCAGAGGAUAGCCAGACCUUCGUUUAUACCAUCAAUACCAACGUCGUUCUUCCCAUCCUUCUUUUCUCCAUCUAAAAACAAGUAUUCAGACAGAACUACAUUUUCUAAAGGUACAGAACAGAGAGUUCCUUACACCAUGUUGAUGCCACCACCUCCAGAGGACACUGGCAUUUCUCUAAGACCCUUACCAGAAACUCCAGGUCCUCCAAUUACGCAGAAACCAACAACGCAGUUUGUAUUUACCACAACAACCCCCAGUAGCUCCACUAGUGGUGGCACCACAUCUUCUGUAACGGUUCAAACAGCUAACUUAGUAUACCAGUCUAGUAGUCUAAGCGACGCAAGUGAAUUUAAUGGAAACAAUAACAGACAACCUUCAGAUCCUUCAACAGUGAAUUGGCUAUCAUCAACUACUACCAAGGGCACCAUACCAAAUUACAGGGAAGAGUUGGUGUACAACACACAUUUAGCUCCGCCUGAGUCCUACAUAGAAAUAGAGUUUUCUCCCCAUAACCUCACCAAUAAGCCUUUGAUAGCCGCAGAUAGCAAUCAGAAUAUAAAUUAUGUUACGCCACCAUCUACCCUUAACACGCAAUAUAAAGAAGUCAUGUUUAAAGGCCAAGUAAGUGACGAUAACAUUGAUAUUUCAAACACGUACGUUAAAAUUGGUAAACCUGAAGCUGAGGUGCAUUCAACAGGUUUCGGCAUGUCUAAUGUUCCAAUCAAAAGUAUUGUCCAACAUCCUGUACCAUCUAGUGUGGUGAUGUUUCCACAUUCAGCACCAGCCAAACCCAAAAUGCCACCUUUGACUAUGCAGACCCUCCAAGAGAUGCAGACCAUGCACCCUCCACCUGUCACUCAGAGCCCUAUCUUCAUGAAGAGUACCAAUCCUGUAAUUAGUAUCCUGGAAAAGGAAAAAUCGAGACCUAUCGCCUUUAAAGACUUGACCAGCACCCCAGAAAUUACCAACUAUCUAGGUUCCUCCACUUCUAUGAUCAAUAGCUUUGUUACUCUUCCAUCUACUUCCGCAGAGAAAACCACCACCACCACAGCAGAACCUCCUACCACCACUAUGACAUCAUUAACCACUGAUCCCUUAUUUAAACAUUACAAGCAACCAUCAGAACCUCUUAGAGGACCUCUGUACAUGAUUAUUCAAGGUCAUUCCAAGGUGAAAACUUACGGACCCAGCAAGCAAAUCCACGGUAUCCUAAUCCAAGAAAGCAACGAGAUAGCAGACGACAAAUAUGAAGAAACCGAAUACCAAGUGAAGCACCUACACGGGUUCAAGAAGGAAGGAAAUGUGGACGAGCAACCUAGAAAAGCUAGAUCGGGAAACAUCCAAACAUUAAAGCACGUUGUACAAACGGGUUUCGGCUCUAUCGACCUUUCUGGCGUUGAAGAAGUAAAGAGGAGAAGCAGCCAAGACUUCCAAGAAGCUGAAUUACAGUUGGGGUAUGAAAUUGCUGACGAAACUGAAGCGACAACGGAGAAAUACCAUAAAGGCAUUGUUGAAGAGGCUAGAAAACUUAAAGUGUGACAAUUUUCGUUUGUUGAUGACUAUGUGCUAUAAUUUUAUAUUUAUUCGAUUCUACUUGUUUUGUAUCUGCAGUUUUGCUGCCUUUCGAGUUUGAGAAUAAGUCAUCUUUCAAAAUACUUGUACUAAGUACUAUUUGACGACGCUAUUUAUUCUUAGAGGUGUGUAGCAAGAAACUAGACAGGAAAGCUGUCAAGUUUAAGUCAUAUUGUACUAAUAACCUUAAUUUUUUGUAAGGAUGUAGUGAAGUAAGUGUAAGAGGCUAGCUUGUGAUUCAUUUAAUUUUUGUGAUGAGUUUUAUUUACUAUAUUUCUAUUUAUUUUUUUUUUAA